AUGUCUUCUGCUGCUGAACCCAUUUCGACGCUUGUUGAGCGCUGGCUGUCUCAGGACAAGGAUCCAAAGACACGUGCCCAGAUCCAGGCGCUUGCUGAUGCCAACGACACGGAGGCCCUGGAGGCCCUGCUGCGUCACCCGAUCGAGUUCGGCACAGCCGGUCUGCGCGCACGCAUGGAGGCGGGGUACUCGCGGCUGAACCAGCUGACAGUGAUCACGGCCUCACAGGGCCUGGCGGCAUAUGUGGCCGAGAACGUCACUGGAGCGUGUGAGCGCGGCGUGGUGGUGGGCCACGACCACCGGUACAACUCGGACGUGUUUGCGCAGCUCACGGUGCGUGCGUUCCUGGAUGCCGGCUACCGCGUGUAUUUCUACCCGGGCAUCGGUCUGACACCCGAGGUGCCGUUUGCGGUGAAGUUCCUGAAGGCCGCAUGUGGAGUCAUGGUGACGGCGUCGCACAACCCCAAGGACGACAACGGCUACAAGGUGUACUGGGAGAACGGAGCCCAGAUCAAGCCGCCCCUGGACGUCGGCAUCGCCCGCAGCAUCCAGCAACACAGCGAGCCGCGCAACUGGAGUGUCGAGGGAGUCGAGAAUGACCCAAAGGUCGACGACGUCACAGAGCGCAUGAUGAACGAGUACUUUAAGGCCGCCGAGCACCUUGUUGCGGACCGUGCGGCUAACGCGGCCACAGAGCUGCGGUAUGUGUAUACAGCCAUGCAUGGUGUCGGUGCGCCGUUUGCUGCACGUAUCCUGGACACCUUUGGCCUGCCGCCGUACGUUGCAGUGCCGGAGCAGAUCGCUGCUGACCCGGACUUCCCAACUGUGUCGUUCCCGAACCCCGAAGAGAAGGGCGCGCUGGAUAUGGCCAAGGCCUUGGCUGACACGCAGGGCAUUGAGCUGGUAGUGGCCAACGAUCCCGAUGCCGACCGGUUCGCGGCUGCGGAGAAGCAGGCCGACGGCACUUGGCACUCGUUCACUGGCGACCAGCUCGGGUCUAUUUUUGCCGCCGCAGUGCUAGAGAUGGCACGUACUGACCAAGUGCCAACCGAGAAGCUGGCCAUGGUCAACAGCACAGUGUCAUCGCGCAUGCUCGAGGCCAUGGCGGCCAAAGAGGGGUUCAAGUACGCCGACACGCUGACUGGCUUCAAGUGGAUGGCCAACGAGCUCGCGGCGCUGCAAAAAGACGGGUACUUCGUGGGUUUCGGGUACGAAGAGGCCAUUGGCUACAUGAUCCACGACCAGGUGCUGGACAAGGACGGUGUGACGGCCAUGGGAGUAUUCGUGCAGCUGGCAGCGCGCCUGCACAAGCAGGGCCGCCGUGUCCACGACUACCUGGAGGACCAGUAUGCCAAGUACGGCUUCUUUGUGUCGAGCAAUUCGUAUGUCAUCAGCAACGAUCCAAAGAAGACCACUGAGAUCUUUUCGCGCAUCCGCUUUGGCCCAACCCAGCCCGAAUCCGGCGAUGUCGAGCGCACCGAGCUCGCCCGCGCUACCGAUGUCCUGCGGUACCCAAAGUCCAUCGGUGGCUUCCCAGUCAGCUAUAUCCGCGAUCUGACUGUUGGAUUUGAGAUGCGCGACGUCGACAUCCAGGACGUCAAAAUCAGCGUUGCCGAGGACCAGUUCGUCCCGACCUUCCCUGUCGACCACGGCGCCCAUAUGAUCACCUUCGAGACCCGUAAUGGCGGCCGCCUCACCAUGCGCACGUCUGGCACUGAGCCCAAGCUCAAGUACUACCUGGAGGUCCGCAGCCCGUCCAACGACCGCGCUGCCGCUGCACGCGACCUCGACGUCAUGUCAACUGCCGUCUUGGAGGAACUGAUCCAGGCCAGCAAGAACGGCCUGCUUUAGUCUAGAUAGUUGAACAACGCGCUUUUAUUUUCCUAUAAACUUAGUACAAAAUCAACUGCACUGCC